GGGAGGGGUGGGGUCCGCCCCGCGCAGGCAGCUGAGGGAGAAGUAAAGAGCGCGAAGGGAGAGGGAGAGACCCGGCCGACCGAACGCAGGGGGGGAGAGAGAGGCAGGCGGCGGCGAUUCGCGACUCCGCUCCUCUCUUUCCUCGUCCCUUUCCUCUUCCCCUUCUCCCGGUCUCGCCUCACGCCGCCGCCGCCACCACCACCAUGGAGCUCAUCACGAUCUUGGAGAAGACGGUCUCGCCAGACCGCUCAGAACUCGAGGCGGCUCAGAAGUUCCUAGAGCAAGCGGCUAUCGAAAACCUGCCCACUUUCCUUGUGGAACUAUCCAGAGUGCUGGCAAACCCAGGAAACAGCCAGGUUGCCAGAGUUGCAGCUGGUUUGCAGAUCAAGAACUCACUGACUUCUAAAGAUCCUGAUGUAAAGGCCCAACACCAGCAAAGAUGGCUUGCAAUCGAUGCCAAUGCUCGCCGAGAAGUCAAAAAUUAUGUUUUGCAAACUCUGGGUACCGAAACUUACAGGCCCAGCUCAGCCUCACAGUGCGUUGCUGGCAUCGCCUGUGCAGAAAUCCCUAUGAAUCAGUGGCCUGAACUCAUUCCUCAACUGGUAGCCAAUGUUACAAAUCAACACAGCACAGAACAUAUGAAAGAGUCAACAUUGGAGGCAAUUGGCUACAUCUGUCAGGAUAUUGACCCAGAACAGCUUCAGGACAAGUCUAAUGAGAUCUUGACAGCCAUUAUCCAGGGCAUGAGAAAAGAAGAACCAAGUAAUAAUGUGAAGCUAGCAGCUACCAAUGCACUCCUGAACUCUUUGGAAUUCACCAAAGCAAAUUUUGACAAAGAGUCUGAAAGGCACUUUAUUAUGCAAGUAGUCUGUGAAGCAACACAGUGUCCGGAUACAAGGGUGCGAGUAGCUGCCUUACAGAACUUGGUGAAGAUUAUGUCACUCUAUUACCAGUACAUGGAGACAUAUAUGGGUCCUGCACUUUUCGCUAUCACAAUUGAAGCCAUGAAAAGUGAAAUCGAUGAGGUGGCUCUGCAAGGGAUCGAGUUCUGGUCAAACGUCUGCGAUGAAGAAAUGGACCUGGCUAUUGAGGCAUCAGAGGCAGCAGAACAAGGAAGGCCUCCAGAGCAUACUAGCAAAUUCUAUGCUAAAGGCGCUCUACAGUAUCUCAUCCCAAUUCUCACGCAAACACUGACCAAGCAGGAUGAAAAUGAUGAUGAUGAUGACUGGAAUCCCUGCAAAGCUGCUGGAGUCUGCCUCAUGCUCCUGGCUAACUGUUGUGAAGACGACAUUGUCCCCCACGUUCUGCCUUUCAUCAAAGAACACAUAAAAAAUCCUGACUGGCGAUACCGAGACGCUGCUGUUAUGGCAUUUGGAUGCAUUUUGGAAGGACCAGAGCCCAAUCAGCUCAAACCCCUUGUUAUUCAGGCUAUGCCAACUCUAAUAGAAUUAAUGAAGGACCCUAGCGUAGUGGUCAGGGACACGACUGCAUGGACUGUGGGUCGGAUCUGUGAGCUGCUCCCUGAAGCUGCCAUCAAUGAUAUUUACCUUGCUCCGUUGCUGCAGUGUCUAAUCGAAGGCUUGAGUGCAGAGCCAAGAGUGGCUUCCAAUGUGUGCUGGGCUUUUACCAGUUUGGCAGAAGCUGCUUAUGAGGCUGCAGAUGUAUCUGAUGAUCAGGAAGAGCCAGCAACAUACUGUUUAUCCUCUUCUUUUGAACUAAUAGUCCAAAAGCUUUUGGAGACCACGGACAGGCAUGAUGGACACCAGAAUAACCUGAGGAGUGCAGCUUAUGAAGCUCUAAUGGAGAUUGUGAAAAACAGCGCCAAGGACUGUUACCCAGCUGUUCAGAAGACAACUUUAGUUAUCAUGGAACGGCUACAACAAGUGCUACAAAUGGAGUCCCAUAUUCAGAGUACAUCUGACAGAAUCCAGUUCAACGAUCUUCAGUCUCUGCUGUGUGCCACUUUGCAGAAUGUACUGCGUAAAGUGCAACACCAAGAUGCUUUGCAGAUCUCCGAUGUGGUGAUGGCUUCUCUCCUGAGGAUGUUCCAAAGCACAGCAGGAUCCGGGGGGGUCCAGGAGGAUGCCCUCAUGGCUGUCAGCACGCUGGUAGAAGUGCUGGGUGGAGAGUUUCUCAAGUAUAUGGAUGCCUUCAAACCUUUCCUAAGCAUUGGGUUGAAGAACUACGCUGAAUACCAGGUCUGUCUGUCUGCAGUGGGCCUUGUUGGUGACUUAUGCCGGGCCCUGCAAUCCAAUAUUCUGCCUUUUUGUGAUGAAGCUAUGCAGCUGCUCUUAGAAAAUUUGGGGAAUGAAAAUGUGCAUCGAUCCGUGAAGCCCCAGAUUCUCUCUGUCUUUGGUGACAUUGCUCUUGCAAUUGGAGGAGAGUUCAAGAAAUACUUAGAAGUUGUGUUGAAUACUCUGCAGCAAGCUUCUCAAGCCCAGGUCGAUAAGUCUGAUUAUGACAUGGUGGACUAUCUGAAUGAAUUGCGAGAGGGCUGUUUGGAAGCAUACACUGGUAUCAUCCAGGGACUGAAAGGCGAUCAAGAGAAUGUACAUCCGGAUGUAAUGCUAGUGCAGCCCAGAGUAGAAUUCAUCUUAUCUUUCAUUGACCACAUUGCUGGAGAUGAGGAUCAUACUGAUGGAGUUGUAGCCUGUGCAGCUGGGCUGAUUGGAGAUUUGUGCACAGCGUUUGGGAAAGAUGUCCUCAAGUUAGUAGAAACUAAACCCAUGAUACAUGAACUGCUAACUGAAGGGAGGAGGUCAAAGACGAACAAAACGAAAACCCUUGCAACCUGGGCCACUAAAGAGCUGAGAAAACUGAAGAAUCAAGCUUGACCUGUUACCAUUGGGAUGACACCUGAGACCCCCACUGGAAAUCUCCAAUCUAUUGAGAAAAAAAAACCCAACCCGGAAGUGAGGAAUGUGCACGGAUGCUGAGUGUUUGGGAAUGAGAGGAUGAGUGAGUGAGAGGCUUAAAACACACCACGGUGAAAAUCCAGCCACGGCAAACAGCAGCAGCGCUGUCAAUGGAGCUAAUCACUGACUUGCGUAGCAGCAAAACCUUGUCAUCGCUUGCCUCCAGGAAGUGGGAAACAAGUGCUUUCCAUACUUCAAUGCAGUCUCUUCUGACAGAGACAAGGACUACCUUCUGUGUCUUUUGACCAGUGGAGAAGGAGAUGAAUUAGCCUUGGAGAAAGGAAAGCUAGCUUCAGGUUCAGUUUGAGUGCUAAUAUCUUUUAAGGUCUGGCUUUCGUUGCUGGAGAGGAAGGAGGAGGUGGGAUUCCCCAGCCUGCCUCAUAUCAAUUUGUGGGGUAGGGAGGGAGUUUUUGGCCGCACAACGCUGUCAGUGCACGAGAGAAACGGGAAGGGUGAAGGAUUUUCUUUCAAGAGUGAGUGUGUGUGAAUGAGGCGGUAUCUACAUUCUCAACUUUAAGUCAUUGCAGUUAAUCUUUCCCAAAAGAGAGAUAAAUACUGAGAAAAGAGGUUAGUGGUUGCAUUUCAUAAACUAACAAGUUCAGUCUACUUGAAGCAGCAGAAAAAUAAAGAGUUUAAGAGGGGGUGGGGGGCAGAAGUUGCUCUGUCUAGGGCUUCUUCAGGGAAUCGCUGGUGGGAUGUUCAGAGCUCCCGUCGUGACACUUUUUCACGAUCUUGUUUCAUUAAAAAAGCGCCUUUCCUUCCUUAAUUUUGUUCAACUGUGAAUGUAGAAACCUUGGGGGUGGGAAAAGGGGAGGGUGUCAAGAAACUCUCACGUGCUAGUAGAGAGAUUAGGAUCCAUUUUCUCCAAAUGGGAUGUGAGGCUUUAAAACAAAAAAUAACUAUUAACUAUUCUCCAAAUUGGCAAUGGGGUGGCGGGAGUGGGGGACAAAAACCCAAAGGGAAAAAGCCCAUCUCUUCACAUGAACAAAACAGCCCAAACCACAGACACACACACACACACACACACACAACUGUGCCAAAGAAUUAAAAAGGAAAAAAAAACACUUCAGGAAAUAUUUUGGAUUGCAAAAAUAAGGUUGAAAUUCAAAUGUUCAAACAACGCAAAAAACAAGAUAAAUACAAUUUGGAAACUGCUUGGCCUAUUUGUGCUCUUUAUUUGAUUCUGAUACGGUAUUCUUGCUGCACUUCAAAAGGAAAAAAAUUAUAUAGAUAUAUAUAUACUGACUUAAGCUUACACAGGACGGCACUUGUAAAGGUUAUAUUUUUCCACUGCAGUUGAAGAUUAAUAAAAUGGUGUCAAACAUUCCCCCAGUACUACUAUUUUUUUACUAUUGAUCUUUCCAGUAAACAGGGAAUCCUUUUUUUUCUUUUUCUUUUUGUUUUUUUUUUUACAAAAAACAGUUGGAUAGGCAGCUGUCUGCUAAGGUCUAUAGUGUACCUGUUACACCCCGUAUAGCUGCAUAAUUUUUUUAAAGCAAUCCUUUUCUUAAAAUUCCUACCAGCGGUUGAGGAAAGGAACAAGUCAAUAUUCAUAAGAGGGAUGAAGGGGUGAGAUGCAUUUGCUUCUGACUAUGCAGCUAUUGAUAUUUUAGGGGCUUUUAAAAAACAAAUGCUUUUCAAGCUUGCCUUGUCUGGUAGGAUCCUAAUAUCUUACUGGAAGCAUUUUAAUAAAAAAUUCUCAUCUU